GUAAUAACAAACAUUUAUCUAACAAUGUGCCCUGACUGGUCGACGAUGAUAAAUAUUUCGACGUCGCUAGAUGAGUUGUUCAAGAGAGCUAUCGGCCAACGUAGUUCGAUGCACUGCGCAGACCUGAAGCCCUGAAACUUCGAAGAAUCACCCUAAUGUUCCGGGCCAGCGAAUGCUGCGAUGUGGUUUGAUCCGGUCUGAUUCUUGUUAGAUACUUAAGUGUCUGCUGCAAUGGAGGUUUAGUAACGAACAAUCAGAGCGAACCUCUCUGUGUGUGUGCGUGUGUGUACGUAUCCGCUGAUACGACAUUUCGGACAUUUUCUAAGUCCCUGUGGUGACUACGUACAGGUUAGAAAGGACCGGGAUUAGUGAAACCAGUGGUAACGUUGAGUUUGUCAGUGUUCGAUCAUGCGCUUAGUGGGGAUUGUUUUAUGGGUCAUGAACCCGGAAGAGAUUAGGCCCGUGCAGACUGUAGUCAGACCAACCCUGUAUAAGCUGCUAUAGUGUUUGGAUUUUUAUUGGGAGUAUACCGCCUGUUAAUGGCGGCUCUGAAAGGCGAGAAAAACUCGGGCGAAAAUACAGGAAAGCUUUGCUUAAUCGAUGCGUAACUAAACAUUAUCUGACAAAUAUGCUUUUGUCCAAGAAGGACUUCCACGUGGAAUGGCAGCCUUACCUUGUGGACCCUGUCGUAUCUUCACAAUUGGUCGCCUAAGCUAUCGUUGUCGGUACGCGUCGUAGUUCCGGUCCGCAGAGCGGUGCAGCCGCCGUCCAACCGCCGCCAAUCGCUGUUCCUCCUCUCGGUGUCGACCUACACGUCACAAUCACGUUCCGAACUUCGUCUGAAUCUCUGCCGUCGCUAUUUCCGACAAAAACUGCUCCACUUUGUCUAUUCUCAAAUGGUCAGUGGAACUAGCGGUUUGGGUUCCGCUAACGGCACGACAAACUUGUUGUCAGCGUUUGCCAACGCUAUCGUCCCCGAACUUGCCAACAGCGGAACAAGGCUAUGUUGACAUUCAAAAAACUGCGGCGCGUCGUGCUCGUCUCCUGUCUACUCUCAUGCGGGGCAUACGUUUAUUUUAUAGUGCCGACCUUUCAUACGUCCGGCAUUCCGGUCAGCGUACAGCCGCUGGCUUCGGGUCCGGCAUUGCUUGAGGCUCGGGGUCCGGGUGAACUGCAAGGAUUGUCCAAUAAUAUUGACUCACCGCCGUCCCCAAGUCGGUUCCGAUUAGGAGCGAAUAACCGCGAUGGGGGCAAUGCGGUUAGUGUUAUUGCAUUUAACGAUUUGAAGUUGCCCCUGCCGCAGAAAAAGCUUAACCAGCGAGUAAAGCUGCAACAACACCAAAAAAAACAACAGCAACGACAACAAGGUCGACGGAAAUCGCGUCAUCGACUAGUAAGAAUUGGGCCAAAUCGUAGGCGAGGUUUACGACCUAAUCGAAUACCUGGGAAGUUCACGCCAGGCUCUGUGGCCGAUGUGAAUCUUCCAGAUGGACCGCCAAGUCAAAUAAAAGAAAGUAACACUAAUGACGACGAACAUAACAAUGUGAAUGCCAAUGGUGAUUCAAAGAUCAAAGAAUCAAGAAAUUCGGGGCGACCGUGGUUUUUCCACAAUGGAAGCAAGCGUCCGCUACCGGGUGAAAGAGGCAACCUAUGGCCACAUGAAAAUCCAGACAGCGAUCGCAUUGUGGAGCAGUUGAUGUUUAUGCCUCUCAAUUCUUCUGGUCCGCUGAAGAAAAUAUUUCUACAGCGUAGCUCUUGGGGUGGGCUUCCGUUGGGGCAAAGCCUUUUCCUAAGGGACAACUGUCCAGUUAAUAGAUGCGCCGUUACGGACAACGCCGAGGAGGCCCAUGCGCUCCUCUUUAAGGACCGGUAUAUACCUCCGCCAGGCAGACGACAUCCUGAUCAGGUGUAUAUCCUCUAUCUGUUGGAGUGCCCCAUGCACACGCCGGGCUUCCGGGACCUCGGUUCGGUGUUCAACUGGACGGCAACAUACCGACACGAUAGCGACCUUGUCGCCCCGUACGAGAAAUGGGUCCCGUACCCGGACGUCACGGAGGACCCCUCUACGGAGGAAUCGCCACAAGAUAUUGCAGGUAAUAACCAGGGCAGCGAUUUUGACAAACGGACUAAAGACGUUGCGUGGUUCGUGUCCAACUGCAAUGCGCGCAAUGGCCGGCUGCAGUUCGCCCGCAAACUCGGCGCCUACAUAGGCGUCGAUGUGUUCGGGGCGUGCGGCAAUAAAAAUUGUCCUCGAUACAACAAGAGCUGCUUCAAGAUGCUUGACACGACGUACAAAUUCUACCUAGCGUUUGAGAAUUCCAACUGCAAAGAUUACAUCACAGAAAAGUUCUUCGUCAAUGGACUCAACCAUAGUAUUGUGCCGGUUGUGAUGGGCGCCCGUAAAAGCGAGUACACGAGAGUCGCGCCGGCGAAUUCGUUCAUCCACGUCGACGACUUCAGCUCACCGAAAGAACUGGCGGAAUAUCUUAGCGAAAUUAGCCAUGAUCGAGAACGAUGGGAGAGUUACCUGCAGAGUCGACGGCGCGGCGAAUUGAUCAAUACGUUUUUUUUCUGCAGGCUAUGCGCCAUGCUGCACGACGAUGUUCCCAGAAAGGUCUAUCCAGACAUUCAUGCCUGGUGGGCGGACUCGGAUGUGUGCACGUCACACACGUGGAAGCCCGAACCGAAACAAGCCGGCCGGGAGCCGGCCUAUAAAUUUCUAUAGAUAAUUAUCAUCAUCAUUAUUAAAUUGUUUUUCUAAUUUAAUAUUGACCCUUGGCAGGCCAAAGCAAAUUGAUCCGAUCAAUGGCAAUGAUCUGCCGACCGUGAAUAACGCCUCUAAAAGCGAAAAAGAAAGAUCAAGAGGUACUACUCGUUACUGCUAUUACUAUGACGGACUUCGAGGAGCAGGAAAGGUGUUAAUCUGAUUCAGUACGGUUUGAACAGAGGACGCUGUGUAACUCCGGACGCGUCGAGGAUCCUAACGCAUGAGCCCGAACAUUGCAACUGUUAUCUCCGCCGAAAGUCUUUCUAGACUUUCGGCGGAGAUUAGAUGACUGUUAGGUAGUUUUCGCAUAAUUAUCAGUCCUGGCCAAGUCAUAUCGUCGGCCAAAUGGAAGAUGCAACCCUGAAUGAAAUUAUUAAUAACAACAGAGAUAGAUAACCUGGAAAUUUGGAUGCGGUUUACCGCAUGUACAGUUAUUAUAGUAAUUAUGGCGCUUAGCAUUCUAUAGCAUAAAACAUUAGCAAAAACAGAAGCAAGACCUUACAAAACUAGGCGACGGAGUUAAUAUCUCGGCCGCGCAUUGAUAUUGUUGUGGAUCAACCAUCUAUACAGAUCAAUACCAGAUUUGAGACGCUUCCAUAACGGCGUGGGAUAACUGUGGAAGCGUCAAUUCCGUUGCGCUAUAGAUCACAUCUGUUUAUACUACUGUAUAAAGGACCCUAGAAAAGUUCGCAGUUUUGAGGCCAAACAUGGACGAACGGGUUGGCUGUUGCUUGCAGGCACCCCUUACGACUCGUCGGCGCCUGUUGUGGUCUGACACAGCGGUCCGUAUUUUGUGAUAUGAAAGAUUAGGUAGAAAUCUAAGCAGAAGAUAAAAAGUAGCAAGCUGACUUAUGUACCAUCAACAGCAGAACACAGUUAGCUAAAGCGAAUAGGUUAACCAUGUAUUUUUCUCUCCGAUAAAACAACGAACAGACGAAAAGAUACAGUGAAAUAGCUAGGUGCAAAAAAAAAAUGCUGUUUUCGUACAAUGCUAUAUAUGUGUAAAAAUGUUCUGAUAAUUAUUAUUAGGAUACAGACAUGUGUACGUUUAGAUUUUUUUUAUUUUUACAAGUUACGCUCUAAAUGAAUCUGCUCAAGAGGACGAUCAAAAAGAGUCUAUUUGGGGGAAUCCGUUUCUAAAUAGUAACUUCUACCGGCGCUUCGUUUCAGUAAGUGCUGGCUAUUGCACUUUAAAGUGGCGCAUAAGACGAGAGCAGAAGAAGUAAGGCGACGCUUCUCAGAUGAACGAAAUACAAAUCCCGGCUUGCCUCUGUUUCUCUUUAUGUACAAUAAAUACGACCUUGAUCUGUUUCAUUUUAGUUUCAAGCUAUGUUCAAAGCUGCUUGUCUUGUCCCUUAGCUAAAUUACUAGUUGCCUCCCUCGUAGUGUCAAUAAUAAGUCGACUUCUGAUACUGUUACCCAUUCAGUCUACUACCUCGAUUGUCUUAGCUUACAUCCGCUUCAUUGUAUACAUAGCAGCAAAUGCACAGCUUCGCACAUGAAUGAAGAGUAUGCAUCUAACCCCUAACUUGAGAACUACCGAUUCUGUCUAUCACCAACAUAGGACUCCAGAGACGGCUGACCACGGGAACAGUAAGGUAAUGACUAGUUCUUCUAGGUGACUCAGUUCUUCAAGUUUUUUGCAGACUGGUAAAAACAGGAUCAUGAAAUUAGGAGACGGCUUCUGUCCCAACUCGCAAAAGUUGUUUUCCAUAAAGGAGGUAUCGUGUCGCGAGUUCGAACAGAGACAACCAAGGAUGGGAGCAGAAGUCAGGACGACGUCAACAAGAAGCGUGACUGCAUGGAGAUAACUCCCCAUAAAAUCCCGAAUUAAACUUCUCUUUAAUUUCUGCUGCUUUCUCAUUUAUUCCGUCAUUGCGUGUCAUGUGACAUCGCUGAUGUGAUUCCAUGCCGAGCUGGAUUGUUCUCCUAGCUUGGUGCUUUCCUGUUUCUCGUCCUUUCCGCAUUACCCCUUUCUUCAAAGGUCGAUUUCCCUUUCCCCUUAUGUUUUACUGCGUUUCAACGCAAGGCGCUGAACCAAUCACUUUCAGAAUUCCCUUCGCCUUCUUUUCCCUUGUGUCCCCUAUAUUUCGUCCCCUCACUUUAUUCAGCUACUUCUUUGCUAUUUAAAUCAUAGAUCUAGACAGUGGCACGAAAUACAGAGACCAUUCAGCUAGCCACGUGCUAAGGCUCGCCUGAACAUUUGGAUGAACGCGUCGGGCGUUUUUUUUUUCGAGAACGAUAAUCUUCCUUGGACGAACUGGGGCCCAGCCGACUGCCUGACCGAAUACCUAGUGGUGAUACUAGAUGUAAAACUAGAAACACAGAAAGCACUAAUGAGCGCACAAGAUUCGCGACUCUUCGGCGGUAAAGAGCUUUAUCGUCAGAAGUUAAGCUGCUGGCAGUAACGAACAUCUAUUUGAGAAUGUCCAGGUGUGUCUCAGGGAUUCAGUUGAAAAUUUUUCCCUCUUAGUAGCUUUUGCCUGUCGUCUCCUAUUGUAGUAGUGUGCUCAUUCCUCCGGCCGCCGCCUACACUUUAUAUCAAUAUCGAGUGCUUAUUUUGUUCGGUUAUUCUUAUAUGAUUCUUGUAGCGUUGUUUUUGCUAUCUGUUUCCACGGGGUCGAUAGCCGAAUUGUUGCUAACAAAUGCAGCCAACGAUUUGCGAGAUAAUCUAAGCAGCCUUAGUUCUCUGCGAUACUCAAAACAAGUUCUGAUUGAUCGUGGACCGUGUGCUCUACUCUCAGGCCGUGCCACGUUCUCUUUGCUUUUUAUCCUAUCUGUUCGUUUUUAUCCCAGAUUUACUUUUCUCUAAAUAGCAACCUAGUUUCAAUGUAGCGUUGAUGGCAGUCGAUCACAAUCGUUCUUCUCUCGGCAGCUAUUUGCUGGAGCCCUCGUUAGGCGCUCUGAAUUACGUUGAGAGCUGAGGCCGUGGCGCACGCAGUAAAGGUAACAGUACUGCAGCAGCUUCAACUUUUCUCAAUUAGAUUCUCAGUUUGCGCCAAUUUUUUGGUGAUGAGCUGUCCCUAUCAUGUGUACGCCCAUUGUCGGCUGUUUAUAAUUCUGUUUUUCGUUCGCUGUAUAUGUUGCUGAGUGUCGUAACCAGGCCAGAAGAGAGUUUCUCGUUCAUUCCAUUGCACAACAACCAAGUAGGACGUCGCAAACUUGCAGUAUGGAUCUAUGGUGGCCGAUAACUUAUUUUUGGAUGUUUGUUUUCAAGAUACUCUGACUGCUGAAAAAGAGGAAUGAAAUUACGGGAAAUCAUCAGUGAGCCUAACCUUUUGGUUAGUCUUAACAUCAUGGUAUCUAAUAAAUGUAAGGUCUUUCUCGCAUACGUUUAGAAAAGGGCAUUUUUUUCUUAAUUGUCAUGAAAUAGUCUUGCCGUAAGAAUUUUAGAUAGAAUAGAGAAGAAUAGAGAGCCGACGUAGCUAGACUUACAUCCGGGUCCCCAUUGCGUUGCCGUCAAUGGCAUUGCCCUUUCUGCUACCGUUUCUAGGACUUUGAGAACAGAAUUACAAGCCACAAUCUGCGAUGGCUCUGCUAACUAUCAUCAGUCUAACUAAGAUUUAAUCGUUUGCCAACCAAAUUUAAAUCUCUAACGAAAUGUAUCUCACGCCUCGAACCCUCUACCCUGUGUUCAGACAGUUCCCGUUCCGUUGUUUUUUCGUUACUAUUUUCUAAAUAAAAUGACGAAAUCUCUUUACUAGACGAGUCUGAAAUGACGAGGAGACAAGCAUUGAUAGGAUUAACAACCCCUUUUUUGUUCUAAAAGUGUCGAAGCUGUCUAGCGUUCUUUCUAUGCCACAUCUGUCUAUGUCACAUCUGGCUAUAUAGAGUCCGUGGAGCCAUGGAUCGCGGUCCGUUUUAACACCGUAGAUUUCGGGCUGAAUGCGUAGCCUAUAUCAAAGCCACUCUUCCACUUGGGAUUGGUAUGAUUUAAAAGUUUACGUUUGGUUCGCAGUGAAGGCCAGCCGGCUGAAACGAUAUAGUAAAAUUCUCUCAAUUUUACCCGUGUAGCAGGUACGCUAAAAGUCCAAGCAAGGAACGAUCAAAAGCAUCGAGUAAACCCAAUUUCAACCACAGAAUUCAUUCGAUUAGUUAUGUCAAGCUGACACACCAAAUGGCAUUAGACAUAGUACGUCUUGCAGCUUUAAUUGUCUCAGGCAUUCAUCUCGAUACUCUGCUUGCCACAAAAAGCCCAGGCUCCGGAAAGCCAGCGCUUUUGAGUCCCGUCGCCGCUCGUCUCGAGUAUGCAACGGCCAUGUCCUCAAUUACAGGGGCAACGCGAACUAAGACAACGAAAAACUAGGUAGUGUGAAUCGGAACAGGUAGCCUUUGAAUUUUCGAGCGGUACCCCAGAAAGUUGCUUCAUCAGCUGUCGGAAAAUUGAAGUCGGAUAUUGUUUUGAUUCUAGUUGCCGUUGAGCGUUUGUUUCCUUUCCAGGGGAAGCGGUUCCCGGAGCAGUAAACUAUAGCACUAGGGAUGGUGCCCUUGUUUCCUAGUGCUCUAUUUGCUAGUUGAUAGGCAGAUGCUGGUUUUAGGCCGUAUUUCAUUCGCUGUAGUUCACUGCGUCCGUGAACGAUCUCUGAGGAGAGAUCUCUAUCUCUCCCUAUAGUAUGUUUCCCGAAGUCAUAUUUCGCGCCACGAACCGACAGUAGAAGACAACAAUUUGUUAUUAUCGGCUUAACAUUUACUACCCUUUGGUACAAUGUGAACAAUUUCGGAUAUUAACUAACUCUAUUAAAUAGAUUUUAACUCAAAUUGUCUGAACAUACAUGCAGAUCUAUAGAUAAACUAUUUAUUGCCAAUCUCUAAAGGACUUGUCCACCGUGCGUUACUAAAUAUGUUCAACAGUCAGUGUUCGGGAAAUACCCGCUUGUCACACUGGCACUAACCGGUUGUCUUUAGCAUUUCGUGCAGUUUUUCGUUUCCUAUAUAGCACAUUAGCUAUUCUGUAAAGCUUUAUUUUUCUAUAAGAUUAAUGUACUUUGCCAGUUUUCUCGAACGGGCUGUCGUCUGCUACAGGAUUACUUAUGCUACAUGCAGGAAAAAUUGGACUACUAAUGAAUUCGAACUCGAAACAGACGGAUUUCGAAAAAAAAAAAAAAAAAAAAAAAAGUAUUAAGAAGCAGAACACCUAUGAGACCUGGUCGUUUACGACAGAAACUUAGCAUUAUGGAAGAAAGAUGCGCCAUCCGAUCGAAUGCCCUCGUUCGGACAGCAUUUCUAUGAGUGAUGAUCUUGAUUAGCGUUCGAAAUUCCAACGUUUUAAUUCUAUCAAGUAUGAAUUGUACUUUUGAAUUUUCUGAGAUUCCAUAUAAUUUUUAUAUUCUCUUUUUGUCACUGGGGAAUUGGUUUUGUCGAUUCCCAUGAUUGUGGGAGUACAGUACAGACUCACACCUCUAAAAACUCGCCCCCCCCAAACAAAGCUUUGUAAAUAAGUGCUUAUUCUAUUUGGACUGAAAAGGCAUUCUAUUGAAGAAUGAAGAUUUGACUCCAGUUUUUAAUUCCGUCGAAUCUGCACCAUGUGUAUAAUUUUGUAUGAGCUAACAACCUUUAUAUUAGUUACUAUUUUUAACGAACUCUAUCAAUAUUAUGGGAUGUCCUUUGCUGCCAUUUUUAAAUGGACCACCUCUUUAAUGUAUUUAAAGCUCUUGGUUAUUAUCUCAAACGACAAAGUGUUCCUACGCCCGGAUUCAUCAUGACGUGUCAUUAAGUUUCAUAGGCAAACGUGUUAGCCACCGUGUGCCACAGAAAGUGUAUCCAUAAGCUAGCCCAUUCUUGGUGGUCUCAGUUUCGCCCAAUUGAAGCUAAUUUGUGUCUCUGUGGAAGAAAAGUCUCUUCGUGUCUAUCUUGCCGUCGUAAGGAGUUCUUCCUGAUCGACGUCUUCGCUUAUCUCGGAGCUGAUUUCAUUCUUCUUAUUUAAUUGAUAUCUAUGUCUCUGAUGUGUUCGCCUUUCCAUUACUGCGUUUGGAAAAUGCCAAUCGCCAGUAUUUUCAGCAUAUUCUAGAUAUUUUCGUUGAAUCAACAGACGCUACGCUAAUUUCUACACCGGGUAGUCUUUUCAUAUGUGAAUCUUCGAAAGUCGUAUUAUCUUGAUGAAUUAAUUAUCUUGAAUGAUAGAAAAAUACUACGCUAUAAGAAGGCGGCUAGUGCUCCAGUAUCGCUAGAACGAGACGUAAAGAGAAGCAGUAGGAAAGAAAUAGCAAAUGUGGACACGAUUUGACGAAAUCCACACGGUGCAUAUAUCUAUCAAUCUAUUUAUGUUUUCGAUUCAGACUAACUAGUUAUACAUACCAGUCCUUGUUAUCUUUUAUGAUGAUAUAUAACGAUAUAAGAAACACCUCAAAACAGAUUUUUUUCCCGUAGACUUCGACGUAGAAAAUCAGGCUUUACAUAAUGAUGCGUGAUAUAUAUACAUACAUACAUACAUAAAGAAUUUUAUAUUUUAUUUAUAUGCAUAAUGCACGAAGUCCGAAGAGCCACAGGCUUGAAAUGGCGUAGACACAUGUUAUGAGUUAAAAGCGUCUAAUAUAAAGAACGCCAAGAGGGUAAUGAGCUUAAUAACGACUGAAGAUAUGAAGUACGUGAAUGACGGCCUGGACAGCAACUAAAUAAGCCGUAAUUAAAACCGAAUGAAGUUUUUUUUUGCCAAUUAUGCUAAUAAGAGACAGACUGCGACAUACGAGGUGGAAUAGCUGAGCAGUAGGUGAGCUUCGUAACUCGGAUUAAGCGUUAUUGCAGUGACGAUCACGGAUGAUCGAAGGAAUGACAAACGCCUUUGAAGAAUACUAGUCACGAUGAUGACACUGGCGACAACGAAUUCAUAAAAAUAUAAAUGAAAAUGCCCAUUUGGAUUCAAACACUUGUUGUUAUUUGAUAGAAUUUGGGGUUCGCUGCCCGGACGCAGCUUAUCUUCGAAUAAAAUCAACGGUAAACGCGGA